UAAGAUGGGCUCGUAAUGCUGCUUGUGGAAGGUAGAUAGAUACUUGCGAAUGUUUCUUUGACAUCAUUGAGGGGAUUUAGACGAGUGGGGGGUUUGGUGACGGAUUUUCGGUAUUUCGUGAUUUUCAUGGUGGGUGGCUCUGCAAUAUGCCUCCUCGUAUGGAUUUUUCGAUUCCCCAAACUGUGAGGCUGUAUUACCUGCAUUCAAAGUCAUACUGGAGAGUUUAACAUCGAUUCGGCAAUGAAGAUGGGACAUUCAGAUGAUUCAAGUGUACCAUUUCUUGCGGAUUUGGAAAAUGAAUACACGGCGGCCGAAAAAUCUCAUGCCUCACCACCUCGAGAUUCUCCUAAAUCCACGAAAUCCUCGAAAGCGCAGACUUAUUUCUGGAUAUCGUGUAUUGUAGUCAUCACGCUUCUUUCAAACACCGCAACAUAUGUCACCACGUAUAAGUUUAAAGAAAAUCUAGACAAAGCAUGUGCUAAGCAUACGGCUCAAUAUUGGAGUUAGUUACCAGAGUUUCAUGAUUCUCUCAAACACAUGACAUAUGUACUGACUGUCAUAGGUCCUAUACUCGACAAUGUAGAUAUUAAAUAUGAAACUGUUCGAUUUAACGGUUCACUCUUCACCAACACGAUAUAUAGAGAAGAUCCUAGCCCAGAAGUCGAUGAAGCAUGGUUUAAUCUUGGGACCAAAUGUAUGCCAUUUAAUUCUGUUUCACAUAGCACAAAAGUUAAUACUGACAUACCGAAAUAGACAAAGCAAUGAUAAUUCCAAUAGAAGAUGGGCCUAGAGCUGGAAUAUCAUCUGAUCAUUUCCGAGUCGAUGAAAAAGAUGGAGGUCCUGGAUAUCCUGCUACCGUUGAAGCGCUGCAUCAAUUGCAUUGUCUGGUGAGAACCCCCACACCUAGAUAGCACUUACUUCAGCAAAUUCUAACCCGACGUUAUAAAAAUAGAAUCUCCUCCGACAAGGUCUCUACUACAACUCCGACUACUACCACAAGCUCGGAGAAGGACCCUUCAAGAAUGAAGAAUAUGUCUUGAAAGCCCAUAUAAGUACGUAUAUCCUCUACAUCAUCCUAAUCCUAAUCACUAACAUCCACAAUAGACCACUGUCUAGACAAUAUCCGUCAACGUCUAAUGUGCUCGGCUGAUACAGGCGCACAUCCUUAUCUCUGGGCUAAGUCUGGCAAAAAUGCUCAUUUGUAUCCGGAUUUCAACCGUGAUUUUAAAUGUAAGAAUUUUGAUGCUAUAAGACAGUUUGCGGAGGAUCAUCAGGCACCGUGGCGUGAAGAUGGUGAGUUGGAUGUGCAGCCUAAGGAGGGAGAGGUUAUUCUACCGGGGAUUCCGUGAGGUGGAAGCUCAUACGCGCUGGAGAAUAUUAACGCGUUAUGCUCAACUUAUGUUGUGAUAAUUCCAUUAUAAUUACUUUCAUAGUUACUACCUCAAAAACUUCAUUUCUCGUGUUCCCACCCUUUAGCCGGAAUCAUGACGCCUCCAAAGUUUUCACUGUCCAUACAAUAUUCGAAUCCGACUAGAACCUUGUAACUCCACCAUAGCCGAUUUUUCCCCCCAAGUAUCCUUCCCCUUACCUCUUCCCAUCUCCAUGGUCACCCACGCCCACCCACUCCAUCCAAUAAACC